CUCACACACACACAUUGAACAGUAUAUUACCGGAGCAAAUAUUCUACCGUAGAGAAGAGGAAAAAUCCGGCGAAUUUAUUAUAGCGACACGGGGGGACGGAAGGCGACGUAGCCUAUACCAUAUAGUCAGUCCACUGAUGCAAACAGAGAAUUUGAGGUUAAAAUAUAUUAACCAUUGCCAUAAUUUUAAUUAUAUUAAGUCACACUCAUAUUUCUGGCAGUACAGCGCGCUUUUGAGUGUGUUGUGUAAUGCGCGAUAGGCCGUGUUAUUCGCAAACACCUAAAUGCAGUAGAUAUCUCAUCAGCCGUUUGUUAAAAAAAAUUUUUGUGUUAUUUUAUUGUAUCGGAUUUUAUAGUUAUCCGUGCAACGCCGACAAGAACAAUAUUUUUCAGGAAUGGCAGAGGCGGACUUACAAACGUUUACAUCGAUAAUGGACGCACUGGUUCGCAUUAGUUCCAAUAUGAAGAGCAUGGAGCGUGAGCUUCAGUGCCCGGUGUGUAAGGAGAUGGUGAAACAGCCCAUCCUCCUGCCGUGCCAGCACAGCGUCUGCCUGCUGUGUGCGUCUGAGGUCCUGGUGCAGAAUGGCUAUCCUGCCCCAGACCUGCCCCCGGAGCCCAAGUCUCCCGCCUCCACCCCGAACACACGCUCUCCACGCCAGGCCCGCAGACCCGCACCCAAGGUCGACCGCAUUGACCGCGUGCUGCGUCCUGGGUAUGGGACGUACCCUGGCCGGAGGCGCAAGGACGGCCCCCCUCCUCCCAUGCUGUUCCCCUGCCCUCCAUGUGGGAAGGACGUGGAGCUGGGGGAGAGGGGGCUGGCCGAAUGCCUUCGCAACCUUACCCUGGAGCGCAUCGUGGAGAGGUACAGGCACACGGUGAGCCUGGGCACGGUGGCGAUCAUGUGCCAGUUCUGCAAGCCGCCCCAGUCCCUGGAGGCCACCAAGGGCUGCGCCGACUGCAGGUCCAACUUCUGCAACGAGUGCUUCAAGCUGUACCACCCGUGGGGCACGCCCCGCGCCCAGCACGAGCACGUGCUGCCCACCCUCAACUUCAGACCCAAGGUUCUGACGUGCCCAGAGCAUGAGCAGGAGCGGCUGCACUUCUUCUGCAAGUCCUGCCAGAGGCUGCUGUGCCCGCUGUGCAAGCUGCGACGAAUCCAUGCGGGCCACAAGGUCACCCCCGUCGCCAACGUCUGCCAGGCACUCAAGGAAAAAAUCACCAAGGUGAUCAACUACAUCCUAGCCAAUCAGGAGACAGUGCAGGCUCAGAUCACCCAGCUGGAGAAUGCCAUAAUGCAGACAGAGAUGAACGGCGCCGGCGCUCUGGAGCAGCUGACGCAGUGCGUGCGGGAGCUGGGGGCGGCGCUGGCCGAGCGGCAGGGGGCCCUGGCCCAGGCGGUGGAGGGGGCCCGGCUCCGGCGCUCCGAGGCCCUCUCGGCCCAGGUGACGGAGAAGCAGAGCAUGCUGGAGAACGCCGGCCUGCUGGCCUUCUCCCAGGAGCUCCUGAAGGAGACGGACCCGCCCUGCUUCGUGCAGGCGGCGCGCCUCACUCACAACAGGCUCUUGAAGACAAUUGAGAACCUGCAGUGCUUCUCUCUGUCAGCUGAUCCCUCUUUUCGACACUUUCAAGUGGAUAUCUCCCGAGAACUGAAGAUGCUCAACAGCUUAGAAUUCAUUAAAGCCCCCCUGGCGCCCGUGAUUGACACCCAGCGCACCCUGGCGUACGACCAGCUCUUUCUGUGCUGGCGCCUGCCCCAGGACUCCGCCCCCGCCUGGCACUUCUCCGUGGAGUUUCGGCGGCGCGAGGGAGGGCCGGGGGGCGUCUGGGGCGGGGUCAGGGACCCCGGGAGAGGGGCCGGGGGCGGCGGGGGCCACUGGGGGUGGCAGCGCCUGGAGGAGGUGAGCGGCACCAGCACUGUGAUUGACAGGCUGGAGAUGGACAGUGUGUACGUGCUGAGGGUGAGGGGCUGCAACAAGGCCGGCUUUGGGGAGUACAGUGAGGAGGUGUACCUUCACACCCCACCUGCACCAGUGCUGAAUUUCUACCUGGACUCACGCUGGGGCCUCCACUCUGACCGGCUGGUGGUCAGUAAGGAGCAGCGCUGCGCCCGCAGCGUCCCGGGCCUCUCCCUCCUGCAGGCUGCCGACCGCGCCCUCACUUCCUGCCACCUGACCUCUGACCUGUUGGUGGGCGACAUUGCCAUAACCCAGGGGAAGCACUACUGGGCAUGCUCUGUGGAGCCUGGCUCAUACCUGGUCAAGGUAGGGGUGGGUCUGGAAUCCAGACUGCAAGAGUGGUUUCAUCUGCCCCAGGACAUGGCCAGCCCCCGCUAUGACCCAGAUAGCGGUCAUGAUAGCGGGGCCGAGGAUGCCCUGGACUCUCCGCCUCCCUUCUCCUUCCUUACAAUGGGCAUGGGCAAGGUUCUUCUGCCCCAGGGGGCAAAUUCACAUAACAACUGCCCCAGCAAUGCCACCAGCCCCAGGGAGCCGUCCUCCAACCACAGCAACAGCAGCAGUCAUCCCACACAUCUGACGGCCCUGACUGCCCCAUUGCCCCCUCAGCUUGGGGUGUGCCUGGACUUUGAGAAGGGGCGUGUCACGUUCUAUGAUGCCCAUUCACUGCGGCCCUUGUGGGAGGGACCAGUUGAUUGCUCUGCGCCUGUCUGUCCUGCCUUCUGUUUUAUUGGCGGUGGGGCACUUCAGCUUCAAGAGCUGGUGGCCAAUCGCAGUGCAGAGCAGGCCCCAGUCAGGAGGGUUACCAUCCAAUCACGUGCCACCAAUCUGAGUAACUAAUUCAGUGCAUUAACCAUCAUGUUCUGGUCGUUUUUAAUUUCCAUUGCCAGAAGGAAAUUAAAUUAAUAUCCCCACUCAGUGGGUAUGUUUCUUUACGUAUGUUUAUCAUAAAUACAUGUUUUUAUUGUAUGAAAUAUUAAUAUAUUCUUUUGUUUUAUGUUUUGUUUUAUAUUUUCCAUUUUGCAUAAAGGAGUGAGUUUUGGAAUUUUUUUAUUUAUAUAAGCUUUAAAUUAUUGUUUAUUUCAUAUUAUAUUUCACACUGUUAUUAUGUAACAUUUAUAACAUUUUCCUAGGAAUUAGACUUGUUGACUGCAUCUUUUUAUGUCUACGUGUGAUUCUUCCAGGCUAAUUAAAUUAAUACAAAUUCAUACUGUUGUAACAAUGGCAUUGGCAUUUAUUUAUCUAUGGUACUUGAAACAUCACUCUUAAACUAGUAUUUCACCAUUUCACUCUAAUGUAACUUAGUCAUAUAAAACCAAAAAGUUGACAUUCAUUUCAUCGUGUUCAUGUUACUAACACGUGAAUACACUUACUUAUUGAUUACUCAUGGUGUUCAUAUUGGAGACAAAAUGAUACUGCACUUGAGCAACCAGAAUUUGUGAUGUGCUUGUGACAAAUCUUUGUUAGUCUCUGUUCCAUAUUCAUGUCCAGUUUCCAGCUACGAUCACUAGAUCAUUUCAUGAAGUUUAAAUACUUUUCUAUAUUGUAAACUUUUGCGAUUAUUAGCGUUUUAUGCAUUUAUCAUAGAAUGGGAGAUCGCAAGAUACCAGAACUGCUUCAGUAGAAAAUAAUUUACUAAACUUUAUUUAAAGGGACAGAACUGAGACUCUGCAACUUAGCUGCUAUUCAGCUUUCACUGUACUGUGUGUGUGUGUGUGUGUGUGUGUGUGUGUGUUUGAGAAGACAGAGAAAGAGAGAGGCGACACAAGCAGUUCCACAAUUAUUUAUUACAACGAAUGAAACAAGCCAAUGUGAAAAAAUCAAGAUCAAAUUUCCAUGGUGUUAUUUCGAAAUUUGGGCAUUUACUUGUGUUUUUUUUUUUUCUUUGGGGGAACUUUAAAGAGCUGGAAUUUAGAGCUGAGCAUAAUUGAUGUUUGCAAUUCAGGUUUGUGUUGUCUUUGUGUGUUUUUUACGUGAGAGAAACUGCUGUUAAAACUUCUACUAUACAAUUAGUUGCACUAAAGCGCUCAUUUUAUCCCUAAUCACUGAUUCUGGUGUUUUAAUCAAGCAAUUGUUUUUUUUAAUGUAUUACUAUGUGACGAGCAGCACAGCACCUGAAUGACUCCAGACUGUAGCAUUUUGGAAUCUUCAUUUAGACUUUGCCAUGCUGGCAGAAUGUUUGUUGAACUAACAAAAUGUUAAAAAAAAAUAAAAUAAAAUAAAAGGAUCACAAAUA